AUGACCACCCUAUCAAGACCUACCCCAUCCGAGGCCGACCGGCGGCAAGGCGACAUUCGAAAUGACGAUAAAAUAGCGCCAAUGCUUCUCUCGGCUGCCUGCGGAGAGCAACAAAAACCACAAUCAUUUGGCCCUCCUGUGAUUGCACACUCAUCGCCGUCUCUCUCCCCUCCCGGCUCAGGUUCUUGGUCGCGGUCAACUUCUUCAUCACGCUCAUCUUCUUCUGCCGCUUCUAUGGGUACUGCUGAGGUUCACGAAAUUGGCCCCAGAACUGCAGUUGGACUUAUAUGCAUUAGCUUGCUUUUCUCAGCGUAUGUUGCAUGGACGAUUCGCGGCCUUUUGUUGGGUCUGCAGUCGGGAUCAAACGCAUGGGCUUCCUUCGUUUAG